AUGUACUCUUUAGCACCACGCUCAGUGAUGGCUGCGGCCUUCAGACAGCCCAGAAUGGUCUCGAUGGUCCCCUUGCAUGCUUAUCGUCAUAUAUCUUCCAAAGAUUUGACGCCAAAGCCUUUGCCUACCGAUAUGCCAUUGAUCUCACAAAAAACUGCAUCAUCACCCGUGGAUUAUGUGUUGACUUCGCUUGAUACUAUUGCUAACUGGGCGAGAAAAUCGUCCUUCUGGCCCGUGACUUUCGGUCUUGCAUGUUGCGCUGUGGAAAUGAUGCAUGUUUCUGCACCAAGAUACGAUCAAGAUAGACUUGGUAUUAUUUUCAGAGCAUCUCCUCGUCAAUCCGAUGUGAUGAUUGUGGCCGGAACCGUCACAAACAAGAUGGGUCCUGCUUUAAGACAGGUUUAUGAUCAAAUGGCUGAUCCUAGAUGGGUUAUUUCUAUGGGUUCUUGUGCCAAUGGAGGUGGUUAUUACCACUACUCAUACUCAGUGGUGAGAGGUUGUGACAGACUCAUUCCUGUCGAUGUGUAUGUUCCAGGAUGUCCUCCUACUGCCGAAGCAUUGAUGUACGGAGUGUUCAGGUUGCAAAAGAAGAUGAUGAGAACAAGAAUCACCAGGUUGUGGUACAGAAACUAG